AUGCGUUGUUCACUCUCAGUCUCAAACUCAAACCAGUUGCUCAUCUUCUCUAAAAGGGCACCCACCAAUCUCGUAAUUCCCAACUACAGUACUUCUUGUCUUCAACUUGAUAAUAACAAGCCAAGUCCAAGAAGGUUAAGGGCAGUGUUGUCCAUAGAAGAAAUACCCCCCAAUGCCCUUCGCCGGAAGACUGACCCAUUGUGGAGAGGAGGGUUCAGUCUAGGGGUAGACUUGGGAUUGUCUCGCUCUGGUCUUGCCCUUAGCAAAGGCUUCAUUGUUCGUCCUCUCUCGGUUUUGGAAUUGCGAGGACAAAAGCUUGAGCUUCGACUUCUUGAAAUUGCAGAAAACGAGGAGGUGGAUGAAUUCAUAAUUGGGCUUCCAAGAUCUUGGGAUGGUAAGGAAACCCCACAAUCCAACAAAGUUCGUAGUGUUGCUGGAAGGUUUGCUGUUCUUGCUGCUGACAGAUGUUGCGACUGGGAUGGUGCUUCACAAUACCUUAUUCUGCAUGUUUUGUUGAUGCUGCGUCUUACCUUGCAUAAAUACAGGGGCCUCGGCAAGUCUACUCGGCAAAAGAAAGUUGAUGCCUAUGCUGCUGUGGUGCGCUAUCACAUUUUAUUUCAAUCUCAUGCCGAGGAGAUUUCGAUGUAUGCAUAG